AUGCCGACAACGCAGCGCCCAUUUCUUACCAACUUUCUAGCUGCUUUCAGAGCACAUUCUAUUAUCCAACAGAGCAAAGCCUCUACAUCUUCAAGCUCGUCAGUGCCAGCAGCACAUUCUGUAUCACACCCUCAGUCCGCCUCACCCUCUCAGCCCAGGUCGAUUACUACUGGGGCAAAGGGGAGUGCUACAACCUUAACGUCACUUCAUUCUCCAUGUACAAACUCUACAAGUCCAUCUUCACGAUCACCAGUACAGCCGUCAGAAAUCGAAAAAAAUCAUUCAAGCCAUACUACUGCUAGACGAGGAAGUGAUAGCUCGAGUGAAGACUUCAGAGAUGUGCUCGGCACUGAAAAAUGGUACAUAGGUGGGCGAACCGCUACUGGAGAAGAGAAAUAUUUCAAGCUAGGUGUCGUAAAACGACAUAGAAGUCAGGAUAGAUGGAGUUUGGACAGGCUAAGUUUAUAA